GGGAGGAGGGGGAGAGCGCGGUGUGUGUGUGGAAAAAGGAAGCAGAGCCUGUGAACGAACGGCGAACUCACUGAUUUUCCCACCUUUUGGAACCAGAGCUCUCAAUCCGAACAAUAUACUUUUUCAUACGCGAGAUAUCAAGGAGCUACACCACGGCGAAAGGGUUAACGGAGGCAACCGUGUGUUUUCGGGAAAGGCUACCUCGGCGAUUUAUUACGUGAUAUACAUUAGCAAAAAAAGUGAGCCCCAGGCAGGCCGUCUUUUGUUGAGGCAAGUGGCCGUUUGCCCGUGUAGCAGGCAGGCUAGGGCAGCUAAAGGAUAAAGUGUCUGCCUGAUUAUUGUUUCAACCCAUCUGGUUUCUUGGACUUAGCCCAGGACACGGGAGUUCAUUCGACGGGGUCAUCCUUGGGGACGGGUUGCGUUUUUGAAGUUGUUUGCGGUGGUUACUUUGGAACUCCAGAAUCAUCAGACUGGCGGCUUUUCUGAAACACUGGGGUUGUUGGUGUGGCCGAAUUUUCCCUGGAUUUGAUUGGUAAAUUCAGAAGACUGAAGCCCAGGCUCACAGUCUACCUUUCACGGAGGCCCAGCCGUGAGAGGACUGAGGAAGGCACGUGGCGAAUCAUGACCGCGGACAAAGACAAGCCAGACAAGGAGAAGGACAGGGACAGAGACCGAGACAGGGACAGGGAGCGGGACAGAGACCGAGACAAGAGGGACAAAGCGUCCAGGGAGAGCGAGAGCUCUCGACCGCGCCGCAGCUGCACGCUGGAGGGCGGAGCUAAGAACUACGCCGAGAGCGAGGACGAGGAUAAUGAGAACAGGGGAGGGGCCGGGGGAGUAGGCGGGGUCAACAUGGGGAUGGGGGAGGAGUCAGGGAAGAAGGGAAAGAAGAAGAUGAUUAAGAAGAAGUCGAGGUAUGAACGGAUGGAGAACGGAGAGAUCACUUCCUUCAUUACUGAAGACGACGUUGUUUACAGACCUGGCGAUUGUGUAUAUAUGGAGAGCCGCAGGCCCAACACUCCCUACUUCAUAUGUAGCAUUCAGGAUUUUAAACUGAGUAAACGUGACCAUCUGUUGCUGAGUGUUAAGUGGUACUACCGCCAAUCAGAGGUCCCUGACUCGGUCUACCAACACCUGGUGCAGGAUCGCAACAAUGAGAACGAUUCUGGCCGGGAGCUGGUCAUCACAGACCCAGUGGUCAGGGGCAGAGAACUCUUCAUCUCUGACUAUGUGGACACCUAUCAUGCUGCUGCGCUCAGGGGGAAGUGUAACAUCGCCCAUUUCUCCGACAUCUUUGCUGCCAGGGAGUUCAAAGCUCGCAUCGACUCCUUUUUCUACAUCCUGGGAUACAACCCAGAGACCAGGCGACUAAACAGCACACAGGGAGAGAUCAGAGUGGGGCCCAGUCAUCAAGCCAAGCUUCCCGAGCUGCAGCCCUUCCCUUCCGAGGCCCCGGUGGGCCUGGGUCAUGUGACCGAGAAUGAGGAGCUGGUGUGGAUGCCAGGGGUCAACGACUGUGACCUGCUCAUGUACCUCAGGGCUGCAAGGAGCAUGGCCGCCUUCGCUGGGAUGUGUGACGGAGGUUCUACAGAAGACGGCUGUCUAGCAGCCUCUCGAGAUGACACCACACUCAACGCACUGAACACGCUUCACGAGAGCAGUUAUGAUGCAGGCAAGGCCCUACAGCGCCUGGUCAAGAAGCCUGUUCCCAAACUCAUAGAGAAGUGCUGGUCAGAAGACGAAGUGAAGCGGUUCAUUAAAGGGCUUAGACAAUACGGCAAGAACUUCUUCAAGAUUCGGAAAGAGCUGCUACCCAACAAGGAAACGGGUGAGUUGAUAACAUUCUACUACUACUGGAAGAAGACUCCUGAGGCAGCGUCGUCCCGAGCCCACCGUAGACACCGCCGCCAGCCUGUGUUCCGACGCAUCAAGACGCGCACCGCCUCCACCCCCGUCAACAUCCCAUCUAGACCACCCUCCUCAGAGUUCUUGGAUCUAAGCUCAGCCAGUGAAGAUGACUUCGACAGUGAAGACAGUGAGCAGGAACUGAAGGGAUACGCCUGCCGACACUGUUUCACCACCACCUCUAAGGACUGGCACCACGGUGGCAGAGAGAACAUCUUGUUGUGUACAGACUGUCGUAUCCACUUUAAGAAGUACGGCGAGCUGCCCCCCAUCGAGAAGCCAGUGGACCCGCCCCCGUUCAUGUUCAAACCUGUCAAAGAGGAUGAGGAUGGACUCAGCGGGAAGCAUAGCAUGAAGACCAGACGCAACAGAGGAUCGAUGUCGACGCUCCGUAGUGGCCGUAAGAAGCAGACAGCCAGUCCUGAUGGACGAGCGUCUCCAACCAAUGAGGACCUGCGGUGUAGUGGCCGUACCUCCCCCUCCGCAGCCUCCACAGACAGCACUGACAGCAAGACCGAUCCCAUGAAGAAACCCAGCAAGAAGAUUAAGGAGGAGUCUCCUAUGAAGAGUGCCAAACGCCAGAGAGAGAAGGGAGGAGCCUCAGACACAGAAGACGCAGACAACAGGACAAGCGUCAAAAAGUCCAAGACGCAGGAGCUGGGUCGGUCCGACUCGCCGUCGGAAUGCGAGGGCGAGGGCGAGAGCUCCGACGGGCGUAGCGUCAACGAGGAGUGUAGCAGUGACGCUAAAGACAUUGACCAGGACAACCGCAGCUCCUCGCCUUCCAUCCCCAGCCCCCGAGACGGGGAGAGCGACUCGGACUCCUCCGCCCAGCAACAGCUGCUCCUACUGCAGAGACAGGAGAGGGAGAGGGAGAGGGUGAGAGAGGGACAGGGGCAGUCACAGCACCCUCCGGUUAUCCAGCCCUGUCAGCCAGGGACCUCCGGUGGUCGCUCCACCACCCCUCCAUUACAACCCACGUCCUCCUCAGCUCCCUCACUGGUCCCCUCCUCCUCCGCACCCCCCACUUCUCUUCCACUGCCUCUACCGCCUCCCAUGCCCCAACAGGCCGGCCCCCUCUCUCUCAUCCAAUCAGGGGCGUCCCUCCUCCCCCAGAGGCGGCCCUCCCCCUCGCCUCAUUCUCCACAGCAGGGGAUGUCUCAGGUUCCACCCCUAGGACCGCCAGGCUCCACCCAGUUGCUACCGAGCGCGCUCCACGGCCCGCUACCCCACCCAUCAUCCAUGCCCCACCCACUCCAGACUGGCCCCUCCCACCUACCCCACCCUCACUCCCUGCCCCCUCAAAGCUUCCCAUUGGGCCCCCAGUCUCAGGUCCCGCCCUCCCCGCUGCCUCUCAGCCAAUCGCAGCAGCCGUCUCACAGGGCCCACACCCCCCCCAGCCAAUCAUCGUCAUCCCAGGGUGGCUUGUCCAAUCAGCCGCCUCGCGAGCAGCCCCUACCCCCCGCCCCUUCCAUGUCCAUGCCCCACAUCAAGCCACCUCCCACCACCCCCAUCCCCCACAUGCCCAACCGCGACCCUCAGUCCCACAAACACGGGCCUCCACACCUCUCAGUGCCCCCCUUCCCCCAGAUGCCCUCCAACCUGCCCCCUCCACCUGCCCUCAAGCCCCUCUCCUCCCUGUCCACCCACCACCCUCCCCCUGCCCACCCUCCUCCCCUCCAGCUCAUGCCCCAGGGCCCAAGCCAGCAGCUCCAGCCUCCAUCGGCCCAGCCCCCUGUCCUCACCCAGUCCCAGAAUCUCCCCCCUUCAGAGAGAGAGCGAGGCAGCCAGCACCACCCUACUCCUCCGCCUCCUCUACCCCCCUCCGGACCAUCACCGUCCUCCCACCCCAACACACCCCAACAGCCCCCGUUCCCUCCUCACCCCUUCGCCCCCGUCCUGCCCCUCUCCUCCGCUGGCUGCCCUCCCCCCUCCUCCUCUCUACCUCCAGUCCUCCAGCCUCCUCCCUCUUCCUCCUCCUCCAUCUCCAUGCCCCUCCCAGCCUCCGUCGGCUCCGCCUGCCCAGGUCCCGCCCUCCCACCUGUACACAUCAAGGAGGAACCUCUCGACGAAUCAGAGGAGCCCGAGAGCCCUCCGCCCCCUCCGCGGAGCCCCUCCCCCGAGCCUACCAUCGUCAACACGCCCAGCCAUGCCAGCCAGUCAGCACGGUUCUACAAGCACCUGGACCGGGGUUACAACACGUGUGCUAGAACAGACUUCUACUUCACGCCUCUGGCUGCCUCUAAACUGGCCAAGAAGAGGGCGGAAGCACUGGAGCGGGCCAAGAGGGAGGCAGAACAGAAAGCCCGGGAGGAGAAGGAGAGGGAGAAGGAACGGGAGAGGGAACGGGAAAGAGAGAAGGAACAGGAGAGAGCGGCGAAAGCCUCCAGUUCGUGUCACGACGGCCGUAUGGGCGACUCCCAGAUGGUUGGCUCCGCCCACAUGCGUCCUCCCUUCGACGGCCCCCCCACCUCCAUCGCCGCGGUGCCCCCUUACAUCGGCCCCGACACGCCCGCCCUGCGCACCCUCAGCGAGUAUGCCCGCCCUCACGUCAUGUCCCCAACCAAUAGGAACCACCCCUUCUUCGUCUCCCUCAACCCCAACGACCCCCUGAUGGCCUAUCACAUGCCUGGCCUCUACAACGCCGACCCGGGCAUGCGGGAGCGCGAGCUGCGGGAGCGGGAGAUGAGAGAGAGAGAGAUGAGGGAGAGGGAGCUGAGAGAGAGGAUGAAGCCUGGGUUCGAACACAAACCCCCGGAGUUAGAAGGCAUGCACCCCUCGGCUAACCCCAUGGAGCACUUCGCCCGGCAUGGCGCCAUCUCCUUACCCCCCAUGGCGGGACCACACCCCUUCGCCUCCUUCCACCACGGCCUCAACCCCCUGGAGAGGGAGCGUUUGGCGCUGGCUGCGGGACCCCAGCUCAGACCGGACAUGAGCUACCCGGAGCGGCUGGCGGCGGAGAGGCUGCAUGCUGAGAGGAUGGCGGCGGUGGCUAACGACCCUAUCGCCAGGCUUCAGAUGUUCAACAUCACGCCUCAUCAUCACCAGCACUCCCACAUCCACUCACACCUACACCUGCACCAGCAGGACUCGCUGCACCAAGGUGGUGGUGAAUGUCUUGUGUGUCCUCCCGGUUCGGGGGGGCACCCCCUCGUAGACCCUCUGGCAGGAGGCCCCCACCUCGCCCGCUUCCCCUACCCGCACGGCGCAAUCCCCAACCCCCUCCUGGGACAGAACCCACACGAACAUGAGAUGCUGCGACACCCUGUCUUCGGUACUCCGUACCCCCGGGACCUCCCUCCCCAGAUGUCUGCAGCCCACCAGCUCCAGGCCAUGCAUGCUCAGUCUGCAGAGAUGCAGCGGCUAGCUAUGGAGCAGCAGUGGCUACAUGGACACCACCACAUGCACGGGGGCCCGCUGCCUGGACAGGAGGAUUAUUACAGAUCAUGCAGACGUUUCAAGUGAUCUCGAGUUCCAGAAAUUGACUCCUUUUACAGAAAAACCUGAUGCCGGCUGAAGAAGGAAAGCGACAAGCAACUGUAACCGACCAAUAGGGACGCAGGAAGUUGCCUAGGACACAGGAAGUACACACGCGGGAACAGGAAGUAGUUACAGAGCAGUCUGUCUGUCAGUCAGAGGAACUCGAUCCUCCGAACAUUUCCCGUUACGAAGAACAACAGAAAUUGAAGAACAUUGAGAGACUUUGUUUGGUGUAACUAUAGCCUUCAAGUAGUGACAACGACCUCGAGACUGAUUGUGACUUUCCUGCAUGAAAACGACUCUAAAGCGUCCACAACGUGUUUUGUAGGCAGCACACUUUGUCACUGUGCUAGUGGAUGGAAAGGAAAGAGACUAGGAAGUGACGGUCCAGACAUUAUAUCCACGGAAAGAUUUAAAAACAAAGUGCUAUCUUAUUUUAAUACAUUGUUGGAGGUUUUCAUCAUUUGAACGAAAAGCUGCAGCAUGGCAUUUUUGAGUCUGUAAAUAGUAUAUAUAUAUACAUAUAAUUAUUAUAAUUAUUAUUAUUGUUGUUACUAGGCGUGGACUCAAGUCAUUUCUAAACCUCCAAUAUAGUACUGUGUUCUGAAGCAUUAAGCCUUGUUUUAACGGGGGGGUGAUGUGGGAUACCUCAGAGAGAGCUGUGUAGCCCCAGACUCUCACACACACGACUGUCCCAUCCAUCUCCUUUCAUUAUACACCCCUUGACAAGCACUAUAUUGUCAGACAGAAUGCCUGAACUUACUGGGUUGAGUUAAUGAUUCGAGACACUUGGAAGAGGAGUGACUGUAUCUCAGAGUCACUGAGUCUUCUAUGGAUCAGCAUAUGCCCCUGUCCUGUCCUCUACAAGACCCCGAUGCAGACACCAUCAAUUGCACUCAAAGGAAGACUAGAUGGAAUCCCUCUGCGCUUUUAAUUGGUUUUGACACUCUUACUCGACAUCAGUAUUGAUUCAAUAUAAUUAAAGAAACAUUUUAAGUUUAGGUCGAUUUUAAAACCUGUUUCACGUUUUCUUUUACAAUGUUUUAAAUUGUCUUUGACAACAAAAAAAAAAUUGUAUCGUUCGUGUCUUUAAACUACACUGAGGUCCCAACAACUGUUCUGUUCUGUUCUGACUGGUUGAGUGGAGUUAUACAAGGGUGCUAGAGGAAACUGAAGGUGGUGGUGGUGGUGGUGAUGAAGCUGGUUUCCUCCCUCCUCUACUUGUUCAAGUGUGGCUGCUACAGCAAGGCUUCUCUAGCCUGGUAUGUUUGUGCUGUCUUGACAACUCCUAGGGACCAGGCUAGGGGUUCUCCUCCACCGGCUUCUCCUCCAUGAGGUGAUCCUGGUAUUAUGUGUGCUGUGCUGCCAUAUUCACUGUGACUUAACGAGGCCUAACUAUAUGGGAGGAGGUGGGUGGGUCCAGUGCUGGGACCAGACACUAACUAACAGGCCUAACUAUAUGGGAGGAGGUGGGUGGGUCCAAUGCUGGGACCAGACACUAACUAACAGGCCUAACUAUAUGGGAGGAGGUGGGUGGGUCCAAUGCUGGGACCAGACUCUAGACAGUGGAGCUGUAAUGGUGGUGGUCCUGUUCCCUUCAGGCUCUCGCUGCUCAGCCUUCCCCUCAGCCUGCACAGCUUCUCCUGGCCUCCCCUUCAAGGCCAGGGGUGGUUCGUGUACUGUACGCCAUGCCAUUGACUGUUCUGUUCAGUUCACCUGACUGUCAUACCAGUGUACUGGCUGUUAGCCCUAACCCUGCCUAUGUUAGCCCAUGUUUGAGUUCCUUCUACUCCGUCUCUGGUCCGUCUCUGGUCCGUCCACCACGAGCAUGUGCUAUGUUUGUCUCCGUCUCUGUAUCGGUUUGUUUGUCUGUCUGUUCCAUGCACAUUUGCUCAUCUCAUGUCUGCCUCCUCCUCUUUCUGACACCACCCUCCUCUUUCUGACACCCUCCCCCUCCUCCUGUCUAACACCACCCUCCUCCUCCUGUCUGACACCACCACCCCCUGCCUCCUC